GUUCAGCAUCCUUCAUCGCGCUGUUUAGGAAAAAAAAUAGUAAUUGUUCAGGGCUGUGCUUUGUUUAUUAAAUUUGUGUCCUGUGAAGUAUGAAACUCAAAUGUCGUCAAUUCUUUCAGGAGGAAAAUGAGAUCCCUGCCAGUGUUUUCUCAAAGGAGCCCGUUCCCAGCGUUACAGAAGGAAAGGAAGAGCCUGUGGAUGAGAACAAAACCCUGGAAGAAACCUUGCAUACAGUGGAGCUGUCAUCUGAUGAUGAGAUGCCUCACGAUGAAGGUGAUAUGGAAGACAGUGCGGAAGAGAAGGUCGAAGAGUCGCGGGCCGAGAAGAUUAAAAGGUCUGGCCUCAAGAAGGUAGACAGCCUCAAGAAAGCAUUCUCCCGCCAGAACAUCGAGAAGAAGAUGAACAAGAUCAGCACAAAGAUCGUCUCGCCCGAGCGCAGAGAAAAGAUCAGGAAGUCCCUCACUGGGCAUCACCAGAAGUCCUCCUCUUCCAAGGCCUCGUCGCUCAAAGCAUCUCCCCUCACGCUUAACGCGAAGACGGGCCAGGAGGGAGAGGGCGCCGCAGAAACCGAGGAGCGGCCAGCGGAAUCCACCAGCAACGAGCAAGCCGAGAACGAGGAGGAGAUGUCCUUCUCCGACAUGCGUUCCGACGUGACGCCUACCGCGUCCCUGUCGGAAGAGAGCAAAGGCAUGGCCGACUCUUUGGAGAAAGAAACCAGAAUGGAAGAGAAAGCUCGGAUCAACAGCAACAUCGAGCUGUCCAUCGUCGAGGAUGACGAAGAGUAUGGGAUGCCUCUAGAAGUUUCUAGCCACAAAGCGUCCGAGGAGAGAAAUGAGCCUGUCCGUGGUGAGAUGGAAGAAUCCGAUGAUGAAACAACCCAAGCAGCUGUCCUCCGGAUAGACUAA